UCCCGCGGGGCGGGGCGGGGCGGGUCCAUCCGGGGGCAGAUGGCGGCGCUUCCGCUGCGUGUGGUGGGCGGCGGGAGCGGGGCGGGACCCGCCGGGCUGGGGCCGCAGGAUGAACUACAUGCCGGGCACCGCCAGCCUCAUCCAGGACAUCGACAAAAAACACUUGGUCCUCCUUCGAGAUGGUAGAACACUGAUAGGAUAUUUACGAAGCAUCGAUCAGUUUGCAAACUUGGUGUUACACCAGACGGUGGAGCGCAUUCACGUGGGCAAAAAAUAUGGUGACAUCCCUCGAGGCAUCUUUGUCGUGCGAGGCGAGAACGUUGUCCUGCUGGGGGAAAUAGACCUGGAAAAGGAGAGUGACACGCCUUUGCAGCAGGUGUCGAUCGAGGAGAUCCUGGAGGAACAGCGCGUGGAACAGCAAGCCAAGCAGGAAUCGGAGAAGCUGAAAGUGCAGGCACUUAAGGAACGGGGCCUUUCAAUCCCGCGAGCAGACACUCUAGAUGAGUAUUAGGUGUUCUGCCCAUCGGACAAUUCGCUCUGUCCGAGCAAGCAGAGCACUUUGUGUUUAGACCACACUUGGCCAGAGGGUGUGUAGGUCUGUUUGGAAAGGCUGUUUUUUGUUUUUAAUUUUGGGCUUAUCUGUUUUCCAUGGCACAGAUACACUAUUAAAAUCAUGUCAUUGUUUUCACAAAAUCAUUGUUUAUGAAGAAUGAAGGUGUCUGAAUAGCCUUGAACAUACCCACAUGCAAUGGCGCAGUUAGCGCAUGUGUGCAUGGAGAGAAAUCUAUUUUUUUUUUUUCCCCUCUUGAUUUUGGGGAAAACUGCUCUUCAACAUGUAAAUAAAACCUGGAUCCUGACAAUGUAAUCAACA